AUGUUUUUUCCUUUCUGUUUUCAGGCAUUUUUUAUUAAUGUCUCAUUUCUCGUCAUCACUGUUACACUCUGCCCGAUCACACAUCUUUUAUAUGACAGACCCGUCUAUUUAUGGGUAGUCCUGAUGUUACUACUCAUCCCCCAGCGUAUUUGCACAAGUUGCUGUUUUUCAGCCACUUCCCUCCUCAUCAACAAUUCUGUGACACCAAAUAUUGCAGGUUCUGUGAAUGGAAUUGCUAUGACUUCAACUGCAUUGGCCAGGGUUGAUGAGCAGUUAAAACAAAUUUUUCCUUCUUUUUGUCCUUUCGUUCUUUCCUUUUUGUCCUUUCUUUCUUUCCUUCUUUUUGUCUUUCUUUUUCCUUCUUUUUGUCCCUUCUUUCUUUCCUUCUUUUGUCCCUUCUUUCUUUCCUUCUUUUGUCCCUUCUUUCUUUCCUUCUUUUGUCCUUCUUUCUUUCCUUCUUUUUGUCCCUUCUUUCUUUCCUUCUUUUUGUCCCUUCUUUCUUUCCUUCUUUUUGUCCCUUCUUUUUUUUUUUUUUUUGCUCUGCAUUUUUUAUUUUUUCUCCUUUAUUUUUUUUAUUUUUAUUUUUUUCUUCCUGUGUUCUUACUUUUCAAUUAUAAUUCUCACAUCUUAUAUUUUUUUCUCUCUCCUCUCCACAGAGCAUUUGCACCAACAUUUGGGGGCAGUCUAUUUGCCUGGUCAAUUAGCGCGGAUGCAGCAUCGAUUGGCUCCCCAUUUGAUGUGAACUUGGCAUUUUUUGUUUUUGGACUUGUUUUCUGGUUCUGUGCUGUUCUUGGAGUGACAAUUCCAAACCGAUUAAACAAACAAAAGAAGAGAACUAUAUCAUAA